AACCUAUCACAAAAACAUUUAAAGAAAAUAAAAAAUAUAAAUGGCCUCUCUUUUGCAUUGGAGUGCAUUUCUCAUCACAGUUUUAGUACGCCACGGUAGCACUGUUUCAGGCUUCUGCACAACUCCACAACAAAGAUAUGCAAUGUUCCAAAAUUUAGCGAGUUGCUUCCAUAAAGGAAUUUUGUGGCAGUGCUUGCGUGAAAUGGCGAAUGCACCACCGUGCCCCGAACCAUUCACUCCCGUGAGCAAAUGGGAUGCUGUAAAAAAUCAUCCCGCCUGGCGCAUCCUGUCAAAUUAUGAUUGUGGAGAUAGUGCUGCCGAUCGGAUCAUAGGAGGUUUCGAUGCGGCACUGGGCCAAUUCCCAUGGAUCGUUCGACUUGGGUAUAUUUCACAGGAGGACAAUGAAACAGACUUCAAAUGCGGCGCAGCGUUACUCACAGACCGCCACGUCGUCACCGCCGCUCACUGCUUGACUAACAAGGACGAGGAAAGCCAGCUAACUUCAGUGAGAUUAGGUGAACACGACAUACGGACAAACCCUGAUUGCCAGCUGCGAGUGUGUGCUCCGAAGGUACAAGACAGGAACAUCAAAAUUAGUAAGAGGCAUCCGCAGUUUGAUAAGCCUCCAUUUCACAACGAUAUUGCCAUUCUAGAGCUGGAGUUUCCCGUGGAAAUUAAUAAUUACGUGACCCCAAUAUGUUUACCGCGUGAGGAGCAGAUAAAAGACCGGUUUCAGCAAGGAGAACUACUGACUGUGGCCGGAUGGGGCACCACAAACAUGUCAACUGAAGAACGAGCUGACAUUCUGCAGUAUGUGGGAUUACCCGUGGUAAAACCGGAAGCAUGCAAUACAUUUCAAACCUUCGGAUGGGGGUUCAACGUAACCGAAUCAGAAAUUUGUGCUGGUACAGAACACAACAAGGAUGCUUGCAAAGGUGAUUCUGGAGGACCUUUAAUGAAGAUAUACGACACCCCUGAUGGCCCAAAACAUUUCAUCGUGGGUGUGGUGUCAUUCGGACCUACAUUAUGUGGAAACAAAAAACCAGGGGUAUAUGCAUCAGUAGGAUAUUUUCUUAAAUGGAUUCUAGACAAUAUUGCGAAGUUCGAACAUUAAGAUCUAUUUGUAAAGAAAAUAGUUCAUAAGAUGAACGUACUAUCAUCUAUAGUAGUUAUUACCUCAAAACUUAAGAAUUUCAACUUUAUCGCGAUUACUUUUUAAAUGAAUAUGAAAACAUUCGAAAGCACGUAAGGUUGAAAAUUUUACAAUGUUGAGGAAACAAAUCGGAUAGUUCGACAGUUCGAUCUAACUACCCAAAGUGAUCGAGUGACCGAGAUAUAGUGUUAGCGAGAUAAAUCUCACACUUAUACUACUUGAGAAAACCUAUGGCAAGUUGUGUGCCAAAUCAACGGUUUGUGAAUAAAUAAAAUAAUGACGUUACGUAGGCUAGAUGAUAUCUAUUUAUGCUACGCUUACAGUCAGCGUGUGUAGAGUAGUACCGUAGUAUAAUAAGAAUAAUAAGACAAGUACUGAAAUUCCAUACAAACGUAACAGCGCGGCUUGUAAGUGUACAUGCGCGGUUAGGUAUGGACGCACACAUUUGCAUAAUUUCGCGGUGCGCUAUAAUUGCACAGCGCGCGCGAGUGGUCUCACGCAUUAUAGACUUGAAGCUUGUAAGCUGUGUUGAUAAAAUGACAUCAGAUCAGAUCAGAAUAAUACGCGUGUAUAUUGUUAAGUUUAUGGUUUUCAUUUCUAUUUCAUAAUCACACUUCCAUAAUCUAGAUACCAUUCCGCGAUGCUAAUAUAAAAAUAUCAAUAUGCAAGUGAAGUAUUGCAUUUGACAAAGGUUAAAAGAGAAUACUGUGAUGAAUACCGUCUUUUUUCAAAUUACUUUUAUAAACUGUAAGGACAUACAACUACAAUAAUAAUGUGACAACCCUACGUUCCGAGGGACGUGUAGGCAUUGGCGCGCCGAUAAGGCAGGAGUUGGAUUACUUGUCUUAUUACGUUAUGGUAGUACUUUUUAAUAUUCUGAUCUAUUCAUGACAUUAAAUACAGCUUUAUGUAAGCAAGUGUUACUAUGUACCUUACAAUAAUCACUUAAACCUUGAUAUUAAUGUGGUAUUCAUAGCGCUGACAUUGUUUCUUUCUUUACGUAAUGUUUUUCUUGUUUAUCAACAUAAAAACUGCA